AUGGCGGCGCCGGCAGAGCCAGGGUCUGGCAGGAAGCAGCGGCGCGCGGCUCUCCAAAAGCAAAGGAGGAAGAAACGGCGGCAAGCGCUCGCAAGGCUCCGAGACGCGGAAUUACAGGAAGAAAAUGGAGAAGAGCACCAGUCGCAGGAAGAAUGUGAGGAGGAGGAGGAGAGGAAAGCUGAAGAGGAGCGUCAGCGACUUCACUUGGAGUGGCUGGAGCGGGAGCGAGUGGCCCAGGAGGAGUUCCAGGUCAAAAAAGAGCGGGAAGAGGCAGCGAGGAGGAAGAAAGAGGAAGAGGAGAAAAGAAUAAAGGAGGAAUGGGAGGCACGACAGAGGAAAGAGCAAGAAGAAAGGGAGCAGAAGCAGCAGGAGAAGAGAGAGAGAGAGGAAGCUGUACAGAGAAUGCUGGACCAAGCUGAGAGCCAGUUAGAGAAUGGUGAACCUUGGAAGAACCCUGAAGCCCCUGUUGACUAUGGGACAGAGAAAGAUAAGGCCAACUGUCCUUUCUUCCUGAAGACUGGAGCUUGUAGAUUUGGAGAAAGGUGCUCGCGUAAGCAUGUUCACCCAACGUGCAGCACCACUUUGAUGAUCAGGGGGAUGUUCAUUACCUUUGGUAUGGAGCAGAGCAGACGGGAUGACUACGACACAGAUGCCAGUUUAGAGUACAGCGAAGAAGAAAUAUAUCAACAAUUUUUGGACUUCUAUGAGGAUGUGCUUCCGGAAUUCAGGACUGCAGGAAAGGUAGUGCAGUUCAAGGUUAGCUGCAACUUUGAGCCACACUUGAGAGGAAAUGUCUAUGUUCAGUAUGACACGAAGGAGCAGUGCAAGGAAGCCCUUUUGAUGUUCAAUGGACGUUGGUAUGCUGGUAGACAGCUCCAGUGUGAAUUCUCCCCGGUCACUAGGUGGAAAACAGCCAUAUGUGGAUUGUUUGACAGGCGGAAGUGUCCCAAAGGGAAGCACUGCAACUUCCUGCAUGUGUACAGAAACCCUGGCAAUGAGUUCUGGGAGGCAGAUCGCGACCUGAAUACAUCACCUGACCGAGGAGGAACUUUCAUGGGUUGGAACUCUGAAAGGUACUCAGAACGCAGAGACCGAUCCCGCAGGUUCUGCACCUACAGCCCUGACAAGUCGCAGCGACGACAUGGGGAGAGGAGGAGCCGUAGCCGCGAGAGGAGGGUGAGGAGGAGUCGGAGCCAUAGCCGUGAACGGAGAGAGAGGAAGGAGGAGAGGAGUUGGAUCUGUAGCCACAAGAGGAAGCAAAGGAGCAGUCGGAGCCGUAGUCGCGAGAGGAGGGAGAGGAAAGAGGAGAGGAGUCGGGGCCAUAGUCGGGAGAGGAGGAAUCGGAGCCAUAGCCGUGAAAGGAGGGAGAGGAAGGAGGAGAGGAGGAGUCGGAGCCUUAGUCGCGAGAAGAAGGACAGGAAAGAGGAGAAGAGGAGCCGCAGCAAGGACAGGAAUCCCUCUUCAAGGGACAGGCUCAACAAGUGGUCUAGGAGUGGGGAAAUGAAAAGAGAUGGGAGCAGAAAUGGAGAGAUGAGCGAAGGAAGCAAGGAGUCAGCCAACACCAAAGAUUCCUUAAGAAAAAGGAGCAAGAGAAGUGAGAGUAGAAGCUCAAAGGAGCCAGAUACGUCCAAACCCAAUGGCAAUUCUUCCCCAAGACACCAUAAACACUCCAAGAAGAGUAAGAAGAAGAAGAGCAAGAAAAAAAAGAAAAAGAGAAGCAAAUCAGUCAGUGAGAGUUCAGCCGAUUCAGGCAAAGAGUCUGGAAAUGAUUUGAAAAAACACGAGGAAGAGACUGUGGACAUCCAGGAUGCAGAGAACACAGGAAGCCCCCAGGAGAACAAACUAGCACAAACUACCAGCCCUCAUGUUUGCCAGGAGAACAUCAGCCCACUCAGCUCCCACCAAGAUAUACCCCAUGAAGUUGACUGUCAGUUAGUUACAGCUGAUAGAACAGUAUCUGAUAGGCCCUCAUGGUGUCAGAGAUGAGCCUUUAAUUUUACUUUGUGUUCAGUCUACUUUCCAGUGCUUGGUUUUUAAAUACCACUUCCUGUUGUUACUUUGUAUCCCCUUUUGUUAAACAUUGUCAUACUAGCAUAACAUUAUGUAAAUAAAUGUUUUAAGUAGUUUUAUUUUCAAUAUGUGGUUUUUAUCUGAAUUAUUCAAAAUGUAUUGUGACAAAGUCUUGAUGCUACUGAUUUGUUGAAAUGUCUUUGCCUGGACCAAAUUAAUCUCUACGCUAGCAGCUUAAGUCUACAACUGGAACUGCGUUUUCACGGAUGUCCAGUACUAACCUCUGUCCUGACACCAUAUCACAGCAGGCAGUGGACAUAAAGGCAGAACAGCGAAUGUCAUUCAGAUUUAGAAGGCACUUAAUUUGCUUAUGUUUUAUAAACAGCCUUUAAAAACAGAUUAAUUCUAAUUAAAGUGGUUGUCUUA